GGUAAAAAAAAAUAUGCUCGACUGGCAAAAGAUAGCCAGUGCAUGCCCCAAAGAGACUCUGAUAGUCAUACACCCCCUUUUUUCUAGCUCCAGCAGCUGUCAUGGGUACAGCCUUGUGGGAAUAGCACUACAAACAAUACAUAUCUAAUAAAGGAGAGAGAGACACUGAAUCGACACACAGAGACAUCCCAGAGACCAGAGUGGACCACGACGAAGGACAAGGUCAUUUGGAACAGGGAACCAGGACAACAGAGAUCCCAUAAAUUGCCACUUGUCCAUCUCUAUGUCUGAAGCUACAGGUCCAUAUAACUGACUGAAUUUAUUCUGUAAAGGCAUCUGACUCUGGUUGAGGUUCAACAUGGAGUCAUUCCUCGCUGCUUUUGCAAUUCUGCUACUAGCUGUCUCCGUGGAUUCUCAGGAAAUGUCAUAUGAACACUUGCUGUCCCAACUGCAUGCAUGCCCCAAAGAGUGCUACUGUCCUCCAAGCUUCCCCAAUGCAGUUUAUUGCAACAACAGGGGGCUGAAAAGAAUCCCCAAGAUCCCCCCUUUCACCUCGUAUCUGUACAUACAGAACAACCUCAUCGAUGUACUUUCAGCAGAUGCCUUCCAUAACACCACACAGCUGAAGUGGAUCAACCUCAAUCAUAACAAGAUCUCGAAUGAGGGUGUGGAAGAGAAUGCCCUUAAAGCUCUGCCCAAUCUGCUGCAUCUCUAUAUGGAAGGAAACUUGCUGACCUCUAUACCCUCCCCUCUUCCACCAAAGCUCGAGCAGCUACAUCUCUCCAGAAACCGGAUCUCAAAAAUCCCAGCAGGUGUCUUUAGUGGGAAGAAACAUCUCAUGUUACUCAACCUGCAGGGGAACAAACUACAGGAUGAUGCAGUUACUGAGGCCAACCUUAAAGGUCUCAGUGGUUUGGUUCAGAUCAACUUGGCAAAGAACCAGCUGAACAGCAUGCCUAAAGGUCUUCCCCCCUCCACUAUUCAACUCUACUUGGAUGGUAACAAUAUUCAGAAGAUCCCUGCAGAAUAUUUCAAAGGACUCCCCAAGAUGGCCUUCUUAAGGCUUAAUCACAACAAACUAGUUAAUGGAGGGAUCCCGAAUAACGUUUUCAACCUUUCCAGCAUCCUGGACCUACAGCUUUCUUACAACCAGCUUACAGAGGUACCACUAAUUUCUUCUGGCCUGCAGCAUCUACACCUGGACCACAAUAAAAUUAAGAGUCUGAACUCCUCUGACAUCUGCCCUGUUUCUGCUGACACUUUUGAUGACUACUUCGAAGAAAGAGUCCCUCAACUCCGCUACAUCCGUCUUGACGGGAACGAAAUCAAGCCUCCGAUUCCCCGAGAUCUGAUGAUCUGCUUCCGUCGUCUCAGUGCUGUAGUCAUCUAAAGUCAGGAUUAGCCAGCUUUCAGUGAAUUGACCAGAAAUGCUAUUCUAAAACAUGUUCUAUCCUCGUGAUCUUGCAUUUGUACACAUCAGACAGAAGAGGUUUAGAGUCUGUUUUUGCUGUUACUUUACUGUGCUUUAAGUUGAUUUAGAUCACACUUGAGUAAACAUGGUACAAGGGGAAUAGCAUUGUCAGUAAGGUUGUUGGUAUGCAUCAGCUUCUGAGGGUAAUGAAUUGGAUAUUUAUUUCCUCAGUUCAACAAUGUAUUUUGAUUUCAGCUGAUCUCUUUUCCCCAACAAUCUGUACUGCAUAGUGAUUCUUUUUAAUUCUAUAGUUAUAAGACCUAUAAUCAUGAUUUAGUUAAUGGACAGUCACUAAAUUGCUGUGACAUGAGUAGUUUGAGAACUGACAUUGCAGUAGGUCAGCAAUUUAACCUAUAGAGGAAAUGUUCAAUAUCGUUUUACUCAUUUGCAUUAUUUCUCUUUUUUUUGAAGGGGGUGUGGCUCUUAGGGGUGACAUUAUAUUUAAUUAAAAUUGUAUUAAUGUUAUCAGAUAUUAGUUCAAAUACUAUUGUAUUAAUCACACAAAGGAAGUCUAUGUGGGUUUGGGAAUACUGUAGACAAAACUAGUUGCAA